UAGAAGCCAAUCCGCUCUUAAUUCCAAACACUUCAACUUCAAUUCUUCCGUGGUCUUAAGUCUUGUUUCUUGAUCUAUAGCUUUUCACAAUCCAUCCGAUUAGAAUUGCUAGGGAAUUAAUUUUCACUUCUCUUUCACAUUUGUAGUCAACCACAAACACAAAUUCUUUUUUCAUGAAAGAGUUUGAGCACCUCAGAAUUCCAAUUGAAAUCAUUAAACAUGCCACCAACAACUUUAAUGAGCGCAACUUUGUUGCACAAGGUGGUUUUGGCAAGGUAUAUAAAGGAGUAUUCGUCCACUCUAAGGGUCAGACCGUGGGUGCUGUCAAGCGCUUAGAUCGUUCGAUAGAUCAGGCAGAUGCUUCGUUUUGGAGAGAGGUCAUGUUUCUUUCCGGUUAUAAACAUGAAAAUAUUAUCUCACUCCUAGGCAUUUGUUAUGACAAUGAAGAAAGGAUCAUCGUGUGCGAGUAUGCAUCGAAUAAAAGCCUUGAUUUUUGUCUACGAGACCCCAACCUCAAGUGGAUUCAACGUCUCAAGAUAUGUCUUGGGGUUGCUUGUGGCUUGGAGUACCUUCAUGAUCACAAAGAUACCCAACAAAGAGUCCUCCACCGUGAUAUUAAGAGUGCCAACAUCUUGUUAGACGAAAACUGGAAUGCCAAAAUUGCAGAUUUUGGUCUAUCCAAAUAUGGCCCUGCUAACCAACAACACACGUUUAUUUUCUCGGAUGCCAAAGGUACUAUUGGCUAUUGUGAUCCCAUGUAUGUAGAGACAGGGUUAUUAACAAAGGAAUCGGACGUCUACUCUUUCGGGGUUGUACUAUUUGAAGUUUUAUGCUCAAGGCAUUGUGUUGAUUUAAGAUAUAAGGAUGAGCGCCGAAUUCUACCCAUGUUGGUAAAGAAGUGUCAAAAACAACAAACACUACAUACAAUUAUCGAUGUUAGGCUAAGGCAACAAUUCGAUCAACAUUCUUUUGAUAUGUUCGUAUCACUUGCAUAUCAAUGUUUGGAAAGAGAUCGGACUCAUCGUCCGUUAAUGCCUUCGGUCGUGAGCAAGCUUAAAACUGCACUCCAAUAUCAAGAGGCAUUCGAGGUUAAAGCUCAAGAAGCAAAGAGGAAAAUCAUAUUUUUACAGAACAACGUAGACCAAUUAUAUCAAGAACCAGAAGCGUCAUUAAAAAAUGUCGUUGUUAAUCCCCUUCUGGAUUAUGAGAAAAUCUGUCCACCCGGGGGGAGCAAUUUGAUAAUUCUGUACACAACCACGGUCAAAACCAUCCCAAAGACAUUCCAAGAUUGCUCGAGUCUUCGACUUAUUCUCAAUGGUUUUAAGGUUUUAUACCAAGAAAGAGAUGUAUCGAUGCACGUGGAUUUCAGAGAUGAACUAUGGCGGAUUAUGGGCAAGAAAGUGGCACUGCCAAGGCUGUUUAUCAAUGGCAGUUACAUCGGAGGAGCCGAUGAGGUUUUACAUUUGCAUGAGCAAGGGAAAUUCCGGCCCCUCCUCGCUGGAAUACCAAUAAAAAAAUUGGAAGGGCCAUGCAAAGGAUGUGCUGGGAAUUUGUUUCUGGUGUGUCCUAAUUGUAGCGGUAGCAAGAAAGUGAAUUCUGGUGGCAGAGGGUUGCCAAAGAGCUGCAUGAACUGUAACGAGAAUGGGCUGAUCAAAUGCCCUAUUUGCUUCUGAAAUUUCUGUUCAUUAACAAAUGACAAAAUGUGAUUUCAAUAUUUUUAUCGUCAUUCAUCUGCCCUUUUGAUUUGGUUGUGUUUUGUUGAUUCGUUUCUAAAAAAUAAAUGAUUCACAAUUCUGUGGAUUUUAGAUAAAAUUAUUAUAUUAUCUUUUUUGUAGUACAUGAUAUAAGCCAUUUUUCAUAUUUAGUGUAUAUUGGCAUUGGCAUAUAUGUUGAGUAGAAUUAAGAUUGUAUAACUAUGAGAUCAUGGUAUAUAAU